GCCAUGCCGUCAUGAGCACACCACAUCGUAGCUUGCAGUCCGCUACCGACCUUCCUUAAUAUCACCAGGACCAACCAAACAAACGCAACAACAAGAACAAAAAUACAAAGAAAUAAUCCAACACUCACUCUGGCUAUCGCAGCUCUGUCUCUCCUUGUCUCUCUCCAAUUUCGUCUUUCUUGGUCCGCCGUUGUCGUCAAUCAUCGUCGCCGUUUUACUCCCUUGUCGUUCGUUCCUAUCUACAACCACUACAACAAAAUUCACCACUCCGAAUCUAACCACCGCCCAAUAUGCCGACCCUCGCCCGUCGCCAGUCGCAUUCCUCGAUAGACCGAGUCUUCGACCUGUUGGCCGAUCUCGAAGACACACAGAUCUCUCUGCUCUUGGACGACUUUAACCACACCACCCCGAGCAAUGUCCCCGUCUCCAAGGCCAUUGACCUCUUCGAAACCGAUCCCAAGCGGAAGGCGAAGCGCAGCUCCACCAUCAGGUCAUCCUCCCCGGUGAGGAACCUCCAGACCGAGCUCGAGCGAAGGCACAGCAGGAGAGUUGCGGCCAAGAUCGCUCCUCAGCACCUCGCCACCCAACGACCCCAGGCCAAGCCGACGACGCCCUACAUCACCACUCCCAAUGACCCCUCGAGGAGCUUGUCCUUCUCGUCGUCCGCUUCCGAGUACUCCGACCGUCCCGUGACGCCAACCGAUGUCUCCCCCGCGCCGUCUUUCCGCGCCCGCUCUUACAAGCGCAUCAGCCGGCCGACGCUACUCUCCCCAACUGCCACGGCCGAGCUUCACGAGUUGUUGAUGGCCUAUCUAUACGAAACUCCGAGCUCGUCGAACCUGACUUCAGCGACCACUUCGAGCGCCCCGUCGCCCACAACCCCCGACCCAGCCUCGCGCUUCUCUCCUUUCUCGUCUUCUUCUUCUUUCAUGUGGUCAGGAAACCAAACAAGAGCGGAACCAGAACCAUUUUUCGACAUGUUUGAACCCUCGCCUGCCCGGGCGCCCAUUUCGGCAUUUGGUUCUUUUGGUGGAAGGACGAGAGCAGAGCCAGCAGCAGCGUCAGUCAACAUGAGUAGCAUAUUUGAAGUUUUGGCCUCCCAUUAAAGGAAGAAGUUGAAGGGGAAAACUCGUCAAACUCAGACACACACACACACACACACACAAAUGCUUCUCUCUCUUUUUCGCUUCUUUUGUUGGAUUAUUUUAGUCUUAUAUCUGCAUAAACUCAUUGAGUUGUAAUGAGAAAGAGAGAGAGAGAUAUCAGACACAUACACACACUGUACACAACUAUUCAAAAACUUUCUUGGUUCUGGCUCCGACUCUGGCUCCGACUCUGGCUCUGGCGGAUGAAGAUAUUUACCUGUAUUAUCAACAACUGGUCCAAUUUUUUUGUGACCGAAAUUUUACCUACUCUUCGAAACAGAUCUUGAGGUGCUGCUUUUCGCGUGCCUGAUUUGCGAAACUUUAACCUCACUUGUCAUCUCGCAAAGACAUGGGUUCCACGUAAAGCCGUCAGGAAACUAGAAUAUUUGCAAAGUU